UUUUUUUUUAUUUUUUUCUGUGUAUACCAACUCAUUCUUUAUUACCUUUAUUGUUUUUUUUUCCUUUGUGUAUUUUACCAACUUGUUUACCAAUAAAAAGAAACUUAUCGAUACCCGUUCAACAAGCGACAAAACGCGCUUCAUCAUGACAAAGUUACAACUGGCACCUGAAGUAUUGGAACGACUUCAUCACCUUCAACAAGCCGACCGUCCAGUUUCUGUAGAUGAAAUCUUACAAGCCGCCAAUCUCAAUCAUCUUGCUUUACCUUGUUCUCAUUUAAAACCUUCCAAAUCAGCAGAAACUCGACAUUUGGCUCCUUUACGUUUGGAAAAAUCCACGUCUACUUUGACUUUGGCUGAACGACGUCGUAUUCCUGUUUCUCCUCAAAAAUUGAAAUUAUAUGCAAAGAUAUCCACCAAUAACAACAACGACAAUAAUAAUAGUAGUAGUACAGAUCGAGAUGAACAAAUGAAAAAAUUGGAAAAAGAAAAUGCCAAAUUACCUCCACAGGAUUCUGAAGAAUAUCUUUUAUCAAGAUUGGAACGACAAAAUGCUUUACUUCAAGCUGAUCCCAAAUCUAUCUCGAUGGAAGCCAAUCGAUUACAAGCUGACUUUGAUACCUUACGACAAUUGGUUGACAAUCAUUCUACCGCUUUGACAAGUCCAUUAUCUCCUGAUACAAGUGAGAUUUCAGAUUGGGAUUUUUGGCAAUGUCUUGUAGAAGAUUUCCCCACCGCGGUUGCUAAACUGCCUCAUCUAGUAUCUGCCAAACUUCGUCAUGGUGGCAUUCCUCAUCCUCUUCGUGGUGUCAUGUGGCAAGCCAUGGCCCAAUCAGCCUCUACUCGUUUGGAAACCAUGUAUGAUGAUUUACUCAACAAUAACAACAAUCAUUCUUCUCCUUAUGCUCGUGUCAUUCAACGUGAUUUAUCUCGUACUUUCCCUACAGUGGAUAUGUUUAAAUCUGAUGGUGGUCUUGGUCAACAAGCUAUGGAACGUAUCUUGACUAGUUAUAGUAUUUAUGAUGUUCAAGUUGGUUAUUGUCAAGGUCUUGCUUUUCUGGUCGGGCCCUUGUUGAUGACUAUGCCUGAAAAACAAGCUUUUUGUGUAUUUGUUAGGUUGAUGGAAACUUACGAAAUGAGAACAAUGUUUACUCUCAAUAUGGAAGGUUUACAUCUUCGACUUCAUCAAUUCCAAACAUUAUUGUCCCAAUUUUGUCCUCGUUUGGAUGCUCACUUAUCACUCCAUUCCAUCCAUCCUGCCAUGUACGCCUCUCAAUGGUAUCUCACCUUGUUUGCCUAUUCUUUACCUAUUCAUGUGGUGAUGCGGAUUUAUGAUUUGGUAUUUGCUGAAGGUGCAGUGGAAACAAUCACGCGUGUUGCCAUUGCUAUGAUGCAAAAGAACGAAGAUACUUUGUUGGCCAUCCAUGAUUUUGAACAAUUGAUGAUGUACCUUAGCUCCAAACAAUUGUAUGAAACUGCCUAUGAUUCCGAUGCUGAAGCCGUGAUUGCUGAUACAAUGGCCCUAUCACAUGCUAUUACCAAGGCCAAGAUGGAUGAUAUUGCUGAUACUCAUGAUAAGGAAUUGGAACAAGAAAAGAAUCGUGCUCAUCAAGUAUUGGCUAUUCGAUUUGGUGGUUGGAAACGAUCAAGUACUUCUUCUUUAAAAUCACCAACAUCAUCAUCAUCAAACAAACGUGAUUCCUGGUUCUCUUGGCGUGCUGAUAAUAAUAAGCCUAUGGUCCAAUCUCCUACGACGCCUACCAGUCCUAUUCCUACCAGUGCAAUUUCUGUGGAUCGUACUGUACCUAUGCUUCAUCAACAAAUCGAAGAUCUUGUUCUUGCCUUGUCUCAAUUACAAAAGGAACAUUCUCAUCUUACUGAACAAGUCAUGACAAUGAAGAUGCAUGCUAUGGAUUAUACUGCUGCCAACGAUAAAUUGAUGGAACGCAACUCUAUUUUGACAAGACGACUUAGAAAAUACCGCUCCAUGUCUAAUUCUUCUCAAUCUUUCUCUUCCUUGGUUGACAAGGCCAAUGCUUCCCGAUUACAAGUAUUGGAAAAGGAUCAAGAAUUCCGUGAAUUUGUGUCCACUUUGCAAAUGACUGGUGAUUUUGGCUCUUUGAUUGCCUCUGCCCUUACUUCUCAAACUAACGAUGAUGAUGAUGAUGAUAUUGUGGAUCUUUUUGACGAUGAUGACAACAACAAGGAUCAUAACAACAACAGUAACGACGACGACGACGAUUAUAACGACAAUGAUUCUUAUAUCUCUCAUACCUCACCUAUCGCAAGUACUACAGCCACCACAGCCACCUCCAACAAUGAUGAUGACAUAGAAACCAUUACACAAGAACUUGUCACAUUGAAAUUGGCCAAUUUUGAAAUGGGACAAAAAUAUGAAGCCAUGUGUCAUCAAAACGAAGCAUUGACACAACAACUCAACCUAUCACAAAACAAAGAACAAAUGUACUUGGAUCAAAUGGCAUUAUUGGAGAAGGUGGCGGCAGAUCAAGCACAAGAAAUCGACACCAUGGCUAAGGCCAACGAAACAUUAUCAGAACGCAUGAUGGCCACCAAACAAACCUCAGCAGAACUACAUAUGGAGAAACUGGCCUUGACAGAACAAGUGACACGUUUGGAACAACAUGUACGAGAUUUGGAACGUGAAAAGCAAGAAUAUCUCAAGCCCCGUGAUUCAUUUUCGGAAGAAGUGUUUGCCGCUCAUCAUACCUUAUUUGGUGAAGGCUCCGUUUUCCAUCAACAACAACAACAGACAUCAUCAUCAAAACGACAACAACAUAGUGAUCCUGAAGAAUAUCAACGAAAAUAUGUGGAUGCCGAACUUCGAUGUCGUGAAUUGGAAAAAUUAUUGGCCGAAACUAAAUGUAAACUUGUGGAAUAUGAAGCUGCACCCAAACGACCUACAUCCCUUGUCAUGAUGAAUAAUAGAAACAGCACUGGUUUGAUGUUGUCAACAGCAAGAUCCACUGCUAUGGUCAGGGAUGAAUCCACAGCCACAAGAAUGUCCACUGAUAGCAUGUCCACCACCACCUCCUCAAAACGCUCCAGUGUCUAUUCUCGAUUAUGGAAUUCUAUGGCUUCUCCUACAACGCCUUCAUCUACCGACAUUUUACCCUUUAACAACAAUAUGAAAUCUCCCGAAGUAUAUCCUUCUACACAUCAACCUACUGACUAUUCCAUUUGAUCUUUUUUUUUAUUGUUAUUUUUUUAUUCCUCUUUUUUUUUUGUAUGCCUAUCCCCCCCUUUUUUUUUUAUUUAUUGAUUUAUUAUUGAAUAUGUCUCCCUACCAAAUAGUUCCCCUUUAUUAUUAUUAUUAUUAUUAUUUUAUCUUUACAUGACCUUUUGACAUCUCCCCUCUUUUAAUAAUAAAAGAAAUGAACUUUUUUUUUCUUUU